GCAGAGAGGAAGAGGAGGAGGAUGAAGCAGCUGCUGGUGCUGUGCUGGGGCCUUCUGGCCUUGGCCGGCACGACCCCCUUGCCCCUGCAGAACAGGGCGCUGGAGAUGGUGCUGGACGAGUUCCACAACAAGAGCCACGUCCAGUUCGUUUUUAAACAGCAGUCUGUGGUGGAGAGCGUGGAAACGCUCCAGAUGGGGACGUUCGUUGACCUGGAAAUCAAUCUCGUUCAGACGGUCUGCAGGAAAUCACAACGAGGGACGCCGAACUGCCGGAUCAAAGCAGGCGGGAGGAAGCAGAUGUGUUUGGCCUGCUUCAAAUUCGACUCCAGUGAACACGUGUUGGACAGAUCCGUGCGGUGCCUCUCGCAGCAAGUCCCAAUCUUCCAGCAGGUGAAGAAGAGGCAGGCGCAGGAGUGCGAGGAGGUCAAGCUGACGGGUGAAGCACAUUUCCGGCCCGGCGUGUUUGCCUUUUCCAAGGGGCUCCCGAUGUGGUCUAACUGA